AUCUGGGGAGAGUAAGGAAGGGUCUGGAGCCUUCUCUAUAUACAAGGAAAUCCCAGUUUUGUUAAAAACUUGCCAAAGGCUUGGUGAUGUAACUCCAAAGACAAAUCCACAAUUUCCUUUCAGGUACUGCUUUGGGAUUCUGUGAAGAAUUGUGGCUCUACACUACGAUGUUUAAUAGGAAGGAAGCUCCUUCCUUUAUGACAUCACCAGACAGAGUGGUAGCUAAGGGGACUAUUUGAGACACUCGUAGAACAACAGCCAAUUUUGUGGGAGCCCAAGAACAGCAGCUUUAAAACAGAGUAAAUAUUCAGGCAUCAUUAGGAUUCUGAAUACAAGCCAGCCGGUAAAAUAUGGGAUCUACUCAGAAAGGCACAAUCUAUCAGACUGUCAAGACAAAUAAACCUGGGGCCAAGGUAUCAGUUUCAGCACAGAGAGGGUCUGAGGUUACUACCAACACAUUCCCUCAGCGGGGACAUGGGUACAUUCUUACCUCAAGCCAUCGAAGUGCUGCAGUCUCCCUGAACCCUUCCCACCGAAGAUCAGAAGCUGCACAUCCCAUCACUCCCCAUUCGGCAUCAGACUAUCCUCGAUCUGUCUCCCCCGAGUUAGGGCCUGGACGCUAUGCAGUAUCCACCCCUCAGGGAACCGAGACUCGACCAAGAACAGAAUCAUCCCGCCAUUCCUCUCCUCAUCGAAAGAGCCAGCAAACUCAGACAGUGGCUUCCCAUGCUUCAAGCAGACAACGGAAUAUUAGUCCACCCAGAGAGGAAGCAACACGAAGAGGUGGUGAGAGCAAGUCAGGGCGCAAGGUCAGCCAUCAUGCUUCAUCAAUCCCAGAUGUAAAAUCUUCUCGUCGAUUGAGUUUUCAAGACCAGAGGGAUAACUUGCAAUCACAAAUCUUACAAGAUGACCCACCAUCCAAGGUCCAGAACCCCCAAGGAGUCAGAGUUCCCCGUAGGAUUUUGUCUUACCCAAAAGAUGAAGCAGUACAAACUGAACCCAUCCAAAGGAUUAUGACUACUACUGAGAUCAGAUCUCCAAGGAGUCCCUCUCUCCCAGAGCACAGAAGCAGCAGUGUCUCUGCAGACUAUAAGACAGCCCAGAGAAGGGCCCCUGUAGAAGAAUCAGAAACAAGUCUUUAUGGUUCAAUUCCUUUGGAACCCAAGGCCCUGUAUAGAAAUAUGAACUUGGAUUCAUCACUCAAACUCUCUGUCCUUCAAGAUUCUGAUGGCAUACACCGAGUUUCUGCAUGGGUAGAUCCUGAGUCUCUUCACAAGUAUUCUGUCUACCCCGAAAGCAAGCCCUCCACAAAGGUCUUAGUAUCAUCACAGGUGGAGUCCAACGUGAGGGCCCCAAUCCGAGGAAACAGCGAGGUUGGCCGCAGGGUCACCAUCUCCCCAGAGGUACGGUCAGUAGAGCCAACUCACCGUGUGACAGCUCGAUCAGCAUCUGAGGACUCCCACAGAUCAUCCAUGUUUGUCACUCCAGAGCUCAUCUAUAAACAGCAAACCCAAAAACCCCUGGAAACUACCUACAUGUCCAAAGGAUCCACACCCAGGUAUCCAGAACUCUCGCAAAAGUCCUCCAUCCAUGCAGAACUGGAACUGACUCCUCGGCCCUUGCCUCCUCGGUCCUUACCUAGGUACGGGCCUGGCUCCUCAUGGUGGGCCUUGCUGAAUCCUGAAGUUGAAACACCCCAAAGCCGGCCAACAACACCUGAUUUUGAGCCUAAGUGUUCUCCUUCCCUAGAUCCCUUAUUGUCCGGUUUUAAAAUAGACUCUAGCCCUUUAUGUGAAGAUCUGAAGUUCGAGAGAGAGAAGGCAAGCCCAUCACCACCACCAUCACCAAAGAAGUCUCCAAGUUGGGCACCAUUGAGUGAAGUGCCACAGACCCCCAAGCAUGCCUGCAAACAACCCAUUCAAAGGUUUAGUGCUUUCUUCCUGGAUGUCUCUGAGGAAAUGUGCAAUCAUGUCAUCUGGUGGCUAAAAGAUGAGGAGAUCAAGCGUUUCCUGGAGGACACCACAGAUGAUGGAGAACUGAGCAAGUUCGUGAAGGAUUUCUCAGGAAGCGAGAGCUGCCACCCACCAGAGGCUAAGACCUGGGCAUCCAGGCCCCAAGUCCUGGAGCCAAGGCCCCAGGCCCCAGACCUCUAUGAUGAUGACCUGGAGUUCAGACCCCCCUCGUGGCCCCAGUCCUCUGACAGCCAGCAGUACUUCUGUGCCCCAGCCCCUCUCAGCCCAUCUGCCAGGCCCCGCAGCCCAUGGGGCAAGCUUGAUCCCUAUGAUUCUUCUGAGGAUGACAAGGAAUAUGUGGGCUUUGCAACCCUCCCCAACCAAGUCCACCGAAAGUCCGUGAAGAAAGGCUUUGACUUUACUCUCAUGGUGGCAGGAGAGUCUGGCCUGGGCAAAUCUACACUUGUCAAUAGCCUCUUCCUCACUGAUCUGUACCGGGACCGGAAACUCCUUGGUGCUGAAGAGCGGAUCAUGCAAACUGUGGAGAUCACUAAGCAUGCAGUGGACAUAGAAGAGAAGGGUGUAAGGCUGCGGCUCACCAUUGUGGACACACCAGGUUUUGGGGAUGCAGUCAACAACACAGAGUGCUGGAAGCCUGUGGCAGAAUACAUUGAUCAGCAGUUUGAGCAGUAUUUCCGAGAUGAGAGUGGCCUGAACCGAAAGAACAUCCAAGACAACAGGGUGCACUGCUGCCUGUACUUCAUCUCACCCUUCGGCCACGGGCUCCGGCCAUUGGAUGUUGAAUUCAUGAAGGCCCUGCAUCAGCGGGUCAACAUCGUGCCUAUCCUAGCUAAGGCGGACACACUGACACCUCCUGAAGUGGACUGCAAGAAACGCAAAAUCCGGGAGGAGAUUGAGCGCUUUGGAAUCAAGAUCUAUCAAUUCCCAGACUGUGACUCUGAUGAGGAUGAGGACUUCAAAUUGCAGGAUCAAGCCCUAAAGGAAAGCAUCCCAUUUGCAGUCAUUGGCAGCAACACUGUAGUAGAGGCCAGAGGGCGGCGAGUUCGGGGUCGACUCUACCCCUGGGGCAUCGUGGAAGUGGAAAACCCAGGUCACUGCGACUUUGUGAAGCUGAGGACAAUGCUGGUGCGUACCCACAUGCAGGACCUGAAGGAUGUGACGCGGGAGACACAUUAUGAGAACUACCGGGCACAGUGCAUCCAGAGCAUGACCCGCCUGGUGGUGAAGGAACGGAAUCGCAACAAACUGACUCGAGAGAGUGGUACCGACUUCCCCAUCCCUGCUGUCCCACCAGGGACAGAUCCAGAAACUGAGAAGCUUAUCCGAGAGAAAGAUGAGGAGCUGCGGCGGAUGCAGGAGAUGCUACACAAAAUACAAAAACAGAUGAAGGAGACCCAUUAACUGGCUUUCAGCCCUGGAUAUUUAAAUCUCUUCCUCUUCUUCCUGUCCAUGUCGGCCCCUCCCAGCACCAGCUCUGCUCAGGCCCCUUCAGCUACUGCCACUUCGCCUUACAUCCCUGCUGACUGCCCAGAGACUCAGAGGAAAUAAAGUUUAAUAAAUCUGUAGGUGG